AUAAAUGGCUAAUGAUCGUGACUGGGACGACAUUCCAGAUGAUUUUGUGCUUCCGGAAGGGAGUGCAAAACGUGGAGCAAAGUUAUUCAAAAAAUACUGUCAACAAUGCCAUUCUAUGAGACCAGAUAAUCGCCAAAUCGGAGGGUUUUCAAAUUUUGGUCCAACUUUGUUCAAUGUUUACUGUAGAACUGCAGGUACAGAAGAUGUGAGUGGCCUCAGCGCCACUGAUGGUCUACAAAAUGCUGGAAUUGUUUGGAACGAUGCGAAUUUAAUGAGGUAUAUGAAGAACCCAGAAAGAUAUGUGAACAGCAAGAUUGGAAUGAAUUUUAGUGGUUUACCAAAAUUUCAGGAUAGAGUAGACGUUGUACAUUUCCUUCGCGACCUUACCUACGAAGGAAAAUAUGGCCAAGAAGUACUAAAGGAAUGUGAAAAGAAAUAGUGCCCAUUUCCAUGCAGAUAAUAAUCCCUUCGUUGUUUUGGUCAAUCGACUUAUGUUCAAUAUACACUUACAGGAAACAAAAACUUGUAAAAUUCCUUUACCAAGGGCAACCCAAGCAUAUUCGCUAAUAAUAGUGCUGUGUAGAAAACCAUAUGUUAAAAUAUUGAAUUUGGU